GCUUUCCUAAACGCAACAUGUGGUCAUCGCUUAUUAGCUCCACGGCUAGCUCCUCCCAAAGCUGGAACAGAGUAAAGCUGUGAUCAUUGCAGAUGGGUCCAGUUCAGUGAGACCAGAAGUCCGUGUCUUUCCCGUAAUUAUCAGAUGUCCAGCGCUACGUGUCCUUCUGGUGUGUCGUAAAAGGUUGAGGACCAGUCGGGCUCGGACAGAACAGGAUGGCUUUCACCAAAUCCCUGCGGCUUUUGUUCAUUUUCCCCUUCGUCUCAUCAGCGCUGGUGGCUCCUCCAACCAACGUGACCCUAACCUGCCGCAACCUGCAGAACAUUUUGUCCUGGGAUUAUGAGAACGAUGUUCCUGGGCUUAGAUUCCACGUUUCGAUCGGCUAUGAUUCACAAAUCCCAGGUUGCCCUAAUGAAAUGUGGUUUAACGAAUCUUCUCGACGAGCAGAUCUUUCGUUCCUGUCAAAUCCGAACAACGUAUACCACAUCGAGUUAAAGGCUGUGCUGGGGGAAGAUGAGUCCGAAAUCGCUCCAAAGGAUGGCAUCGAAUUUACCUAUUUCUCCAGUGCUUUGUUUGGUGAAAAAUGUCUUUUGGAUUUCCCACCCGUUGACAUCACUACCCAGGAACAUCAACACAUACAGGUAGAGUUCAAGCAUCCCUGGCUGGUGUACAAGGAUGGGCUGUAUAGAUGUAAGACACAGAAGAAGAAGAAGAAAAAUGACCAGGAGAACAAACUACCAAACUUUAAGUACACCAUCAGUGUGGUUGGCCAGGAUAAGUCCCUCUCCGUUGAGUGUGACGACGCUGUAUGCAAGACCAGACUGCAAGUGGACAUGAAGCAGGACAAACAUUGUCUGAAAAUCAAUGGAGAGCUCGAACUGAUGACUGUGGUGUCCACAAAGGAAUUCUGCACCGAGAAAGCCCCACCGCCUCUCAAUCACACCAACCUCAUUGUUGGCAUCAUCAUCGCCAUCAUGGCAGCACUGGCUUUCAUUGCCACCAUGGUUUUCUGGAAAAAGACGAGUCCCGCCCUGGCUAAACUCAGUUCUAUAUUUUGUAUAACCCCUAAACCAAACAACCAAGAGUUUAAACCCCUUCAAGAUGAUCCCAGUCCUGUAACAGUGAGCCCUUGGCCGGUGACUCCUGAAGAGCCGCUUGUGGACACCGUCAUCAUUAAAAAGAGUGAUGAAGACUACCACCAACGCAUCAAGUUGUCACCCAACAACCAGGCUCUUACUGAAGAGCCGGAGGAAGAGGGAACGUCUGAUGACCCGUACAUGAGCGAGCAAAAACUGGACAGUGACCCUGAAGAGCCAGACCUCGACGAGCCGAUCCGCUCUCCUUACGAGUGCCGCGCGGUGGUGCUGGAGUUGGCUCCCGAGGACUGCGCUGAGGGAUACCGGGCCUGAUUAAUUGGUUUGAUCUAAAAGAAAAGACUUAACAAUUUAAUAAUGAGGGAGAAAAAAGCACUGUUACAUUCAGUCCUUCUCCUCCUCUUCACUACCUGAUUGUGAAAAUACGGAGGCCUACAGACUAGAAAACCUAACUGUUUUUAUACAGAGCCAAAAUCACAGCUCAUCCACUAGGGGUAUCUAGCUGAGAAUCAUUGUCACACAGUGACACCUGCUGGCUGGACACUAGCAUUACCACAUUUAAUUAGCUAUGAGCGCAGCAGAAAAAAAUUCCUUUUAAUUGCACUUUUUGUAUAUACUUUUUUUUUUUACUGCUGGUGAUAGAGUAGCAAGUUACAGUAAGUUAGAUUUCAAAUCAUCUCUUAGCUUUAAUUCUAGUGACUUUCGUUGCGUCGACUGCAGGUGACCGGAAUUAGUUUUUCAGCAUUUGCCAUAAUCAGAAACCUGUGAACUGAGAUGUAGAUUUUCUUAACAGGUGCAGUUUGUUUGUUAUAUGUAUAAUAAUUGACUAAGUGGGAGAGUUUUUGUGCCUUUUAUAAUGAACGCUUUACUGAGGUGAAAGUAAAGAUUAAUGACAUUUUGGAGAAUCAUGAAAGUUGAUGUUAUUAAGGGACGCAGGUGCCAAUCUUUGUCGAAGUGGGAAGUUUAAAACUUUGAGUGCGUCUUUUCUACGUUAUCCAGCUGACUCGGCACUUUAUUCCCUCAUUAGCUCCUAAUCUGAAGUUUUUACCAACCUAUCAGCAAAUCUCUCUUCCUUGCGCAGGCAGAGGAAGGAGAAGCAAUAAUGGCAAUCCUGGAAAUAUUGGUAUAAAAACAAACUGGGAGAUCAUCUUUAGGCAAAAAUGAGACGCAGGAAAGUGUGGAAUCCAGAUCAGAUUAUGGGAUUGUGAAUGUUCGUCCCUCGUUCUAUAAGACCAGCCAGUAAAGUCGCGCGAACUGAGGCUGCACGAUGUCGUUGAAAUGCUCGAUUGUGACGUUGUUGCUGAAUAUUUGUCCAUUUUUUAUUUUCCCCUUUAUUGUUUCCCCACUUCUGCCAGUGAGCUUCAGCGCCUCAGACACUAAAGAUAUGCAUCAGCUGUGAGCUUCAGGGCCUGGAAAUGGAUUAAAUCAGACAUUUUACUUCCAACCAGUUAUUGUAUUAUUCAACAAAUAUGGUUGUGCCAACAUUGGUUUUAAUCUCCCAGCAGUCAGCUGAACGUGUAUUAUUAAAGAUACAUUCAGCUCACAGGAUUUUUGUAAUAAGUUAGCUCAGGUGUUUUUUUCCCCGUCUUUCCCCAAUGGGGUAAACAUUUUUAUAAAUAUCAAGCUGUGCGUUAGAGAAUCUUUAUAAAUCUCUCUAAAUUGUCAACUGUAAAAAAAAACUGUGGAAUAGCUCUUUAUUUUCUUGAUGCUAACAAAAACUACCAAAGUUGGAGCACCUUGUUCUUUCAUGUUUUAAAUUUAAACGACCUUCAUUGUUCUGUGAUGAAGGGUGAACGUCAGAAACAUCUGACCCAGCUGCAUGCCGUGCCUUGUCAUAAACCUGCUCCAGCUGUUUUAUCUCGUCCUGAUUUAAAUAUUUAAUAAUGGUGUUGGAUCUGCCCUACCUUUUCACAUACCUCUUGUUUUUAUUUCCACUCCAUUAAUGUUUCGGCUUCAGCCCUCCGACGAUAGCCGAGUUUUGUUUUUGGUUCAAACUCGAGACUCAUUCAUUUUCUUGCUGCUGAGCAGUCGCAUUGUGAUUUCUUAAGAUUAUAUUUUGCUUUAAUUUUUAUUUUUGAUUCCCUCACUUGUAGAGAAUUAGCCACUUUUUUUUUUUUUUUUUUUUUAACAAUUGUCAACCUCUGACUCAGUAAGGCGUACCUGCUUGAUAAUUUCCCCAGGAGAAAGAAAACCCAAAGAACUCGUCCAUUGUGAAUAUAAAAUCAUGUUGGUCAUUUUCAUUUCAAAAGAUUUUCCAUGCUCGACUUUUCUUGACCUUCUCACCUGGCUGGAUUUGAUGUGCGUCUCACUGAGCCUAGCGGUUAGCUAGCUGUUAGCUAGCGGAGCCCGAAGGUUGCCGUUAGAGCUACCAACUGGGCAUAAAGUACCGUAAAUACUUUACAGGUGGUAACAGAAUCCAUUAAUAUCCAACGGUCAGUUGAUGACGUCUGGGAUAGAGAAGAAACGUUGUGUGACUUUAAUGUUUGCGAGACGUCGCUGCUCGCCUCGUUACAGUUGAAUGUAUCUGUAUCAGGUUUCUGUACCUUCAGGAAGUUACUGUGAUAAAACGGCUUGAAAUAAGCGCUUUAUUGAUCUUAUUGGUUUGUUUUGGAAGUGGCAUGCAUUUUAUUUUUUUUAUUUAACAGAGUCUGACAUGGUCUGGAAGUUUCUACUGGGAGAUGCACACGAGAUAAGAGGCUGAAACUUUAGCUAGCAGCAGUGAUUUAGAGCAUAGAAAUGUUUUUUUUAAUGGCAGCUUUUGUGUUUUUGGCGAUAACAGGAAAAGCCUCAAAUCCCAUAAAAUAUGUGACAACUUGAGCGUAGCUCUGAAAAUCCAGCAAAGACUUAAACUACAGGAUUCACCCGAACCUCAACCGAUCAAUUCAAAAUGAUCCAAAAUGUUGACAAAGUUUAAGUUGAAGUUGCACGUAAAGGUUUCUUUGCUUACUUUGUGUCUUCUGAAGCCCAAAUAAGAAACCUUUGUUGCAGAAUCACAGAAAGUUGUCUCUAAAAUUUGUUCGACUGUUAAACCAACCAGCGUGCUGCUUCUGAGUUGCAUGCUAGCCGAGCGGCAGGGCCUUUGACUGCUCCCCUCCACAUCGUGGUUGCAUGAAAAGCUUCACAACAUACCCAUAAAUAAGCCUGGACUUCCAAGUGUUACAACUUCCAUCUUGCUGCUGUUUGUUCAUCACCAUCUCUGUGGUUUUACUCACAUUUCAAUGUUUCACGUAUACAAAAAGGCAUGCUUGUUUUUUUUUUUCAUUAUAAACGUUGAUUGAGUUUAUUAAAAAACAUGAUGUCAUUCUCAUUUCUCUCAUGUCUGAGUCUUUUCACUUUAGUGAAGGGAAGUUGGCAUUUCGGUAAAGUGAGCCUCCAGAUUACUGCGCUGGGACGGGCGAUGCUGCUCGACUCACGCGUCAGGCCCCGUUUUAAGGGAAGAACCGCUGCUCCCAUUACGGGUCAUGACAUUUGAACGCUCCAUGCGGUUCGUUCCUCUUACGUUUUGUCUGCUUUUGGAUUUGUUUCCUUCCUUUUUUUCAUUGUCUGACCGUUGAAAUAUCCAUAUUAGUGCUUCCUGUGCCAGAACUCAUCAUGUGUGUUAUCUUUUUAAUUGCCAGGCGUCUGGUGAGAGUUUCUUGUAAUCUGCAGUGGUUCAAUUUGUCAUUGAACCACCAUUACAGAUUAUUACAAAUAAACUGCCUACAAACCUCG